GUUUUCAUUAUCCAAAUCAAGAGGGUAGUUCAGUCAUUUGGAUAUUGAUGAUGAGUUGUGGAAUCAAAAAAAGGCACAAUCUUGUGAUGUUUUGUUAGCUAAUAGCAACAAUAUUAUGUUUUAAAUAUAAGAAACAAGUCACAAGCAAAUGAAGUAUUUCCAUGUUACAUAUAUUAAUAAUGCUCCAACAUAAAGGGUCACUAAACCCUCUGGUUAGUACAUGUCAGCAUGAAACAUUCAAAUUUCAUCAUAUACCAAACAACAAUUGAGAAUAAGAAAAAAGACAGCCUAUGCAAACAAAGCAAAAUAAACCAAGAGAGAAUGUUUCUGGUUGUUUUGGUUUCAUUGCCUCUUCUCUUGGCAAUGUGAACUUCCUAUGAAAGCAAAAACAUUAGAGUGUUUCUUCUUCUAGUGAUUGAACUCCAUAGAAAGGAAAACCAAUUUUGAUUCCAAAAUCCUACAUAUUAUAAAUUUGUUUUUCGUUUCGAUAUGGUUGAAAGAAGGGUUUGCAGUGAGCUUGGUAUCCAAGCUGAUCGUGUUAAAUCUGACAAGGGCAGAGGAACUGAUGGGGUGAAAAAAAUGAAAAAGUCGAAUUCAAUUAAGCUUUCGGAUUUGGAGGCUCUUCAAUCACAACCUCCAAGGAGGAGUGUAUCUCGAUCAAGAAAGUUGUUACCACUUCAUGUUCCAACCACUGAGUCUUUGCAGAGAAGGUCACCAAAUUACAUGAAGCAUAUCAGCAGUUCAGAUGCAAAAAAGGAGCUAGUACCGGUGAGUCUUCAGAAUAACCAAUUUGGUUCAGAUGCUAAGAAUCUACCACAGAAGUGUUUGAGUAAUUCAAAAUCCAGUUCUCUGUCUAGCAGAAAAACUGCAAAAACUAUGUCAAGAUCAUCUAGUGUGAAUUUGGUUAGAAUAUUAACGAAGGCUUCUAAUUUAAAGCCAAGUACAACUUGUAUGCAAAAAUCUACCACAGCAGCGCUGCGUGCAGAUAUUAAUGCACCAUGCAGAGCUACUUGCUCUUCAAAUUUAAAAGAUGCCAAGUUCCCUGCACACCUCUUGCUUAAUCCUGGAACUUCGAUCAUGAAGAUUUGUCCAUCUACAUAUUGUUCUCUCAAUGGCAAUCAACAUGCUCCUUUGCCUCAAUUUAAUUGCAUCAUGUCAGCAAAGAAUGACCUUUUGAAGACUCGGAAGAGUAUAAAGAUGGAAGUGCCUCGAAGACUGAAGGUGCCUUGUGAGAUAAGGAAGGAUUUUGAUAUUGAGCAGAUUGUCUUUGAUGAAGUUGAUGCCAUGGAAAGGGAAAAGGCAUACGAAAUGGGAAGAUCGGACACUGUCAAACACCUUGAGGAUCCAGAAGGUGUCAAGUUUGCAAUGGAGGGGAAUGGCAACAUAGCAGAUGAGAAAUGUGUCUAUCAUGUAACUCCAUGUUUGCCUUGUGGUGAUCUCACCAAGUCUGAGAUGAAUCCCAAGGUGGAAUUCAAAAACUACUUUGACAUUUCUGAAAUUGAAGCAGAUACCGAGGAAAGCAUUCACCAAGAACCAAAGGCUAUAGAUACGGACAAAAACCACCAACCUAACUGGUUUCAUGAAGAAAUAUGUACAGGAAGCUACUGUGGUGAUGUAAGCUCUGAUGGGGAACAAAUGGAGAAUAAUGAAUUGGGCGAUUCUGAUUCCCAAGGUUUUGAGGAACAGUUUUGUCCAGUCAACCAUAAAAAGGAUAUUGGUUCUUCUGUCAUCACAUGGGAGACAGACUCAAAAUACAAGUCCUUAUCAGAGGGUCCUCAUCGCAAUAUAUUUGAAACGUCGCUAGAUGACAUUCUUAGCAACCAUUAUGUGGACAUUAUGGUUGAAAAAUCACUGCAAGGUAACAAGGAAAAAAAUACAUCUUUUGAUGCACAACCUCGGGUCCAGGAAAGCACAAAUAGAAGCAUACAAACUGACUACCUGUCCAACGACACAGAUCAUGAGUAUGACCAAUCUUAUUUGGAAGAGGAAAAAUUUCAGUGUUUGACAAACACAGAAGAUAAUGAUAGAGAAAAUGAAAAACAUGUGGAAAAUGAGGCUGGUUGUGCCUCAAUGAUACUUAAUGGAGAUACAAUUGACAAUAGUGAUGGUCACGGGAUCUGUGAAACCUGCAAGAUUGAAGAGAGCCGUGAAGAUAGCAACACAAACCUAGAGAAUAAGGACACAGAAAUUCACCAAAGGAACCAAAUUCCCUCAACUGAUGUGCCUGAAGAGAUCACCAUUAUUUUUCCGGACCAGCUAUUACUGGAGGAAGAUCAAUUUGCUGCUACUAUGUUCCAGACUAAAAGCUGCAUAGGUGGUGAAGAGCGAAACACAAGCAAUAAGUGGCAAUGGCCAACUAUGAACAAGAGACCUAUGCAAGAUGUUGAGGAAAUGAGAAAGAUCAACCCAAGAAAGCCAAAUUUCCUGCCCUUGGUUUCUGAUCGAGAACCAGAGAAGGUUGAACUGAAGCAUCAGAUGAUGGAUGAUAGAAAAAAUGCAGAGGAAUGGAUGCUUGAUUUUUCACUCAGAAAAGCUGUCACUAAACUUGCUCCAGCCAGGAAAAAGAAGGUUGCAUUGCUUGUUGAAGCUUUUGAAACAGUAAUGUCAACAUCAAAAUGUGAAACUCAUAGGAGAAACAAUUUGUGCUUCGCUCAUGCAAGAACUGUUCAAGCUUGUAUCUGAUGCAUGCUAUAAUAACCAGGUCGCAGAGGAGUAAGCACACCAAGAGAAUGCCAAUCUUCAGAAACAAUUUGCAAGCCUAUUACAACAAAUAACUUGUUUAACAUCUCCUUUCUGAAUCAUGGAGAACAUUCAGCUUGCAGAAUUAAGGGAGAGAGACGUAAGAAUGGGACUUGUGGUUGGUUUCCACUAAGGUUUGUGGAUUUUAUCCUCCAAUUUGUUAUUUGUAUUAUGGUGUUUUAAUUUAUAUAAGUUGUAUUUGAUCCACCGGUACUUUCAUGUUAUAAUAUAAGGGGCACUCAUGCUCCUGAUCAGUUAAUUUAUUCUA